AUGACAGUGGAAGUAGCAGAGCAACCGACUCCUAGUAGCAUUGGAGUUCCCGACAUGAGGCCCGAAGAGGACCAAGACGGUACUGCCACAACCACUUCUACUAGUAAUAGUGGUACCAAUGGCGCCGCCAUCGACCAGUCGUCUCAAUGCGAACAAGAAGAAGGAGACAAAGUCAAUGGUACGGACGACAUGAAAUCCCAAGACCAACUAUCCACAGCAGCCGACAACACUACAGAAGACAACAAGAAUCCGAACGCCACUUCGACUACUACCACUACAGUGACGACGACAACUACGAAUAAUAAUAAUGCCAUGGAUCUGAAUGUUGCCUACGAAGCACUGGAACAGGUGCGACAAGCCAAUGUGGCGAUUGAAUUUGGUCGUCCAUUAGGACCGCGCGAAUGCAUUCCCUGUCUUCGUGAAAAAUUGGUCCAACAAGCGGCCGCCAACCAGAAUGGGACGCGAUUUCAACGAUUCAUGGCGAAUCGACCCAGUAUUGUCGGCCGCGCGGCACCGUGUUUGACCUGUGGGACACCGGUGUGUCCCCGUCACAAGUGUCAAGAACUCAAACGCGAGAAUAUCAAUAUCUGUAUCGACUGUGCCGCCUUUUUUUCUCUGUCCGAACUCUUUUGCAAAAUGAACGACGAUCGGCAUAAUGAACAUUUAACGGUGGAAGUCGCCAAGGAAUCGCGCAAACGACAAAUGAAUCUCAUGCUCGAUGUCUACGAUCGCGCAUUGCUGGUCCUCCAAUACUCGGUUGGAUUCAUGGAAGAAAUUGCCACGGCACUGGAAAAUCAAACCAAACGCAACAAUCAAAUUGGAUUGGGAUCCAGCGCGACUGGAUUUGCUUCGGGCAUUGUUGGAGUCGCCGCGGCCGUCACCAUUUUCACUCCGGCGGGACCACCUCUUUUGAUUGCCAGUAUUCUCUUUGGCGGAGGCGCCACCGCCGCAUCGGCCGGAAGUGAAGCGGUCAAUUAUCGUUCGUCGGCCAACAAAAUGGCCGAUACUAUUUAUGCCUUGCACGGGAUGGUCCAUUCCAUUGCGGGAUUGGUUGUGGAUCAUACUACUGCGGAAGCUGCCGCCGCCGAAACCCCAGAAGACGAACGACCACGGUUGAAUAAUACGGGCGACAAUAGUAGCACGGCACGCAACUGGACUCGUGCCGCCGCCAAUGCCAUUAAACCACUCACCGCCGGUGUACUGAGUGCCGCAUCGGUCGUCGCCGAAGCCAGAGAAAUGAGAGCCACACUGGAUAAAAUCAAUGCCGGGAAUCCCUGUGCCAAGGCGGAAUAUCUCCGAACCAUUGCCGGAGAAAUUGAUGCCUUUCCCAGUACCACUUCUUUGGCGGCUGUUUGUCCCAGUCUUUUUGAUGUGUGA